AUGGGUUCAGACAGUGCCGUAUCUCCCAGGCUAGUGACAGUAGCCGCUUGCCAAUUGGGUCCCAUUCAUCUUGCAGACUCCCGCGAAGAUGUAUUGAAGCGCAUGAUCACACUUCUGGACCAAGCCGCAAAACAAGGCGUCAAAUUAGCCAUCUUCCCUGAGCUUGCCUUUACAACCUUCUUUCCCCGAUAUCUAUUAGAAGGAAAGGACCUGGAUCAAUACUUCGACAUUGAGGAUCCCAGCAAAGGCGGCAUUGAACAAUCGCCCAAAAUUAAGCCCCUAUUUGACCAUGCACGAAAUCUUGGGAUCGACGUUUAUGUCGGAUAUGCUGAGCGAAGUAUCCAAAGUGACGGCUCUCACAUCGACUACAACUCCAGCGUCUACUACUCAGCGAAAACGAAUAAGAUUGUGGGGAAAUAUCGCAAAGUCCAUCUUCCCGGCUCCAUGGAGCCAAAGACCGAACCAGGUGCCUUCCAACAACUAGAAAAACGCUACUUCAGACCCGGGGAUCUUGGAUUUCCUGCAUUCAGAGCUCCAGGUCUCGUCGAUGGUGCACUGAAAAAGACUGCUGACGUGGGUAACUCCACUGCUACCGGCAAAGGCGAUCCUAUCAUCGGAAUGCUGAUCUGCAACGAUCGACGAUGGCCCGAAGCAUGGCGCGUGUACGGUCUACAAGGGAUGGAAAUCAUGUGUUGCGGUUACAAUACCACUGCUUUCCAGACUACUAGUAGCGGUCAUGCGGUCGAUAUGAGCCCCGAUGCAGCUGAGGAGCUAGUGAUGCUCCAUCACAAGCUUUCCUGUCAAGGAAACAGCUAUAUGAAUGCUUGUUUCAGUAUCAACGUUGCUAAGACUGGUGCGGAAGAUGGAAAUCCGUUGGUUGGAGGGACUAUUAUUGUUCAUCCACUUGGACACAUUAUUAAAGAGGCAGUAACGAAGGAGGAUGAAUUGGUGGUGGCUACUAUCGAUCUGUCGGAUUGUGAUCGUCCGAAAAGUACGGUUUUUGCUUUUGAGAAGCAUCGGAGGACGGAGCAUUAUAACACUAUUGUUGAACGUGCCGGAGUUGUUGAGCCGGAGCUUUUGUCCAGUGAUUAG